AUGACCUUGCUGAAAUCGCUACACCACAAAGCUCUAGAAGCAGAGCAACGAUCUCAAAGACAGGAAUUGGCUGACGACGCAGUACGACAACGUCGACGACAGAGUGAUCCAAGUACAGUGCAGAGUGAAGGACGUGCACGAGUGCGUCUUGUGGAACGGAAGUGUGGUGAUAACGUCGUGAUAAACGAUGACGACGUCGUGAAAUACGCAGAGGCCGACGACGGUCUACCAACAGCAAAGAUGACGGUGGAUGGCGUGUGCAAGAGCGUGAAGUUAGACAACGUCGCGCGUUACAGUGUGGCAGGCACCGAGUGA